GUGGAUUGGUGAGUUCGGAGUAGUAUAAGAAAGGCAGUUCCUACUUUACAGUUUACAGCUCUCAUCCCAUUUUCUCCUCUUCUUCCCUUCAUUUCGGAGUCGCGAUUCCAUUUCGAAUCCCGAGUGCGAGCUUGGACUCUGCAUUGCGAGUUUAGCAGAGAGAAAGAGGAAGAGCAGUUAUGAAGGUGAUAGACAAGAUCCGUGAGUUGUCCAAGGAGAACGAUGGCAAUAAGGUGGUGUUCUCCUUCGAGUUCUUCCCUCCGAAGACUGAGGAAGGAGUUGAGAACUUGUUCGAGAGAAUGGACCGCAUGGUGGCUCAUAACCCCACCUUCUGCGAUAUCACCUGGGGAGCCGGCGGCUCCACCGCCGAUCUCACUCUCGACAUCGCUAACCGCAUGCAGAAUAUGGUCUGCGUUGAGACCAUGAUGCAUCUCACCUGCACCAACAUGCCUGUUGAGAAGAUCGACCACGCUCUGGACACAAUCAAGUCUAACGGCAUCCAAAACGUCCUCGCUCUCCGCGGUGACCCGCCUCACGGCCAGGACAAGUUCGUCCAGGUCGAAGGCGGCUUCUCCUGCGCCUUGGACCUCGUGAAGCACAUGCGUGAAAAAUACGGUGACUACUUCGGGAUCACGGUUGCCGGUUAUCCAGAGGCACAUCCUGAUGUAAUUCCUGCUAGUGGAGUGGCUACUGCUGAGACAUACAACAAUGACCUUGCCUAUCUCAAGAGAAAGGUGGAUGCUGGUGCAGAUCUCAUUGUUACUCAACUUUUCUAUGACACUGACAAUUUCCUCAAAUUUGUGAAUGAUUGUCGUCAAAUUGGAAUAACAUGCCCCAUUGUUCCUGGUAUUAUGCCCAUUAACAAUUACAAGGGCUUCCUCCGUAUGACUGGCUUCUGCAAAACCAAGAUUCCCGCUGAGAUUAUGGCUGCUCUGGAACCCAUUAAGGACAAUGAAGAAGCUGUAAAAGCUUAUGGAAUUCACCUAGGAACUGAGAUGUGCAAGAAGAUUAUGGCUAGUGGGAUUAAGACAUUACAUCUUUAUACAUUAAAUAUGGAGAAAUCUGCAUUGGCAAUAUUGAUGAAUCUUGGGUUAAUAGAGGAGUCCAAGGUUUCAAGGUCACUACCUUGGAGGCGUCCCACAAAUAUUUUUCGUGUAAAGGAAGAUGUCCGACCCAUAUUUUGGGCAAAUCGUCCAAAAAGCUACAUUUCAAGGACCAUUGGCUGGGAUCAAUACCCGCAUGGCCGAUGGGGUGAUUCUCGAAAUCCAUCAUAUGGAGCCCUUUCUGACCAUCAGUUCAUGCGGCCACGUGCACGGGAUAAGAAACUUCAAGAAGAGUGGGCUGUUCCUUUGAAUGGCAUUGAAGAUAUUUGUGAGAUAUUUUCCAAGUUCUGUCUUGGAAAACUCAGAAGUAACCCUUGGUCUGAAUUAGAUGGGCUUCAGCCAGAGACAAAAACUAUCAAUGAACAGUUGGGUGCUAUUAACAAAAAAGGAUUCCUUACAAUCAACAGCCAACCAGCAGUUAAUGGAGAAAAAUCUGACUCACCUUCUGUUGGUUGGGGUGGCGCUGGUGGCUAUGUAUAUCAGAAGGCAUAUUUGGAGUUUUUCUGCUCAAAGCAGAAGUUAGAUGCUCUUGUUGAUAAAUGCAAUACCUUCCCAUCUCUCACCUACAUUGCAGUGAAUAAAGAAGGAACUUUGGUUUCUAAUGUCAAGACAACUGAUGUGAAUGCUGUGACAUGGGGGGUCUUCCCAGCUAAGGAGAUAAUUCAACCAACAGUUGUUGAUCCUGCUAGCUUUAUGAUAUGGAAGGAUGAGGCUUUUGAAACCUGGUCCAAGGGUUGGGGUCAGCUAUACCCCGAGUCUGAUCUCUCCAGAAAGUUGCUUGAAGAGGUUCAAAGGACUUAUUUCUUGGUGAGUUUGGUGGACAAUGAUUACGUCCAUGGUGAUCUCUUUGCUAUCUUCAAGGAUCUGUGAUCAUGACGACUAGCAAAAGUUAUCUGCCUUUCAAAAGCGCUAUCUAAUUCCUACAAAUUCAAUUCUUUUUGCUAGAGUGAUCGAUAAAAGUUAUUCUCUCUUGUUUUAAACAUUCGCGUUAUUGUGAGGCUUGAAAUAAUUCUGGUAUUCCUCUCAUAUUUGUAAUCUACUAUUUCGGUCACUCAAAGCAAUUUCAUAUGCAGAAACUUGUGCUUAUACAUUGCCUGA